AACUCGCUUUUAUCCCGAUCAUAUUUACUUUGAAAUCGCUAACGGAAGUGAUGUAAUUUAAACCCGGUAGUUUUUUGUUGUCCAUCCACAUUUCUGUUUUAUAACUCGGUUAUUUUCGACUAGAACCGAACCGAACAGUCUCGGCCGGUUGAAUGACUAAACAUGUCCCGGGUGUUGAUAGUCGGAGCCGGGUUGACGGGCAGCCUGUGUGCCUGUCUGCUGAGGAGAGAGCUGCAGAAUAAAGUUCAGAUUGUUGUAUGGGACAAGGCGAGGGGCGCGGGUGGAAGGAUGUCUACCAGUCGUCCUCCUGAUGCUUCUUCUCACUCAGCUGACCUUGGAGCCCAGUACAUCACAGCAACACCAGCCUACGCUUGUUCCCAUCACAGUUUCUACACAGAGCUGCUCUCUGCUGGUAUCCUGCAGCCAGUUGACUGUCAGAUUGAAGGUCUGCAACAGAAAGAUGGCAGUAAAAACUAUGUAACACCCCGGGGCAUUAGCAGUGUGGUCAAACACUUCUUGUCUGAUUCAGGAGCUGAUUUGUUCCUGGAGCACCAUGUGACUGGUUUGUACCAACGUGGUGCAUCAUGGGAGGUUCGGAGGAAGGCAGGAGAUAGCGAAUUGUUUGACGCUGUUGUCCUGACGAUACCAGUGCCACAGAUCCUGGAGCUGCAAGGAGACCUGGGAAACUUGAUGUCUGCUCAGCAGAAGCAGAAGUUGGAAGGUGUCAGAUACUCGUCCCGCUUCGCUCUCGCCCUUUUCUUCUCUCCAGAUGUUGUCUUUAGUUUCAGUUGGGGGGCAAAAUACGUCACAGACAACCCCUGCAUUCGCUACAUCGCUGUGGACAACAGGAAACGCAGUGCAGACUCUCCAGGUCUUGGUCCGUCCCUUGUCAUCCACACCAGUGUCCCAUUCGGCUUGGAACACUUGGAGCGAGACAAAGAGGACAUCCAGCCAAUCAUCUUACAGGAGCUGCACAGUCUGCUUCCCGAUUUGCCUCAGCCAAUCAGCAUCAAGUGUCAGAAGUGGAGGUAUUCUCAGGUGUUGACCUCAGUUUCUGACUGUCCGGGUCACAUGACCCUCCUGCCACAGCCGCCGCUCAUCUGUGGCGGCGACGCUUUCAGUCACUCCAACUUCGAUGGCUGUGUGGACUCUGCUUUGAGUUUGUUUGGGGCUCUGAAGACCUCUUUAGAUGUUCAGAACACCAGAGCAUCACCUGUCUAACAUCCUUAAGGCACCGGGAAGUGAUUGUAGAUUAGUCCUAAGUAGAUGUUUUGUCCUUAUCUUUAAAUAAACUAUGUUGUGGAUGUGAACAAA